AUGAAGGGCUUGCCCUGCCUGUGCCCUGCCCUGCCCCACUUCUGGCAGCUGGGGUCUCACUGCAUGGCCGAGGGCUCCGGGACUCAGGCCCCGGGGAAAGGGCCCCCGCUCAGCAUCCAGGUCCUGCGAGCCCAGUACGAAGGCUUGAGGAGGCAGCAGAGGACCCAGGCCCACCUCGUGGUACUCCCGAAAGGAGAGAACACAUCCGCUCCAACUGAGUCCAUGAUCAGUGCUGUUUGGAUUAACAAGGAAAAGAGCUCAGUGUCCCUGGAACAGGCAGAUCCUGAGGCAGAGGGAAUGCUGGAGGAGGACGGCAAAGGCUGUCUUCAGGUCCCCGAGUCUCCAUGGCACACGCACCUAGAGAUGUGUCGUCUGGUCCAAACCAUCCACCAGGAAACAAGUCAUCAAAUAAAUUACAAGGGCAAGCUUGUGGGGUCUGAUGAAAGGCUCCCUCCAGAAGGAAACCCACACUCAUUUGAAAACAAUCAGGUGACUCAGCAGAGACCCAAAAUCCCAGAGGCAGCCCAGCAUCAAUGUCAGGUGGGCAGUACGCAAACAAAAGCAGUGGAAUCUGGCCUAAAACUCAUUCAGGGCCCUCCUUCCUUAAGGAACCCACAUGGGUCUGGCAAACCAGCUCACUAUCCAUUUCCCCAAAGGAAAACUCCCAGAAUCUCCCAAGCUGCCCGCAACCUGGGCUUAUAUGGCCCAGCCUGA